UCUGUGGAAAAUGCUCUGGCUGAUGCCAAAAUCGAACUGGAUACUGCACAAAAGAACUUUGAGUCUCGACAGGCUGAGUUGGAAUCAUCGGUACAGCAGCUAGAAACUGACAAGGCGAACCUGAUUGCUGAUCGUGACGCUAAAGACGAGGCAAGCUCGAGUGAACGACUGCAGGAUGAGCUAAACAGCAAGUCAAUGGAGCUUGAACAAUUCCACGAGCGUAUGGCGAAGUUCGAAUCUGAAAUAGCUGACGAACGCCGCAAGCUCGAAACUUUGGAAGUGGAACGGCAAGGAGCAGUUGAAGAAUGUGCACUGUUACGGGUUCAGCAGGUGGAAGCUUCAAAGCUAUCGGAGGAAAGUAUCGAACAACUAAAGAAAGAAGCGGAAGAACUCCGGGGAUCUAUCAGAGCAAAAGAAGAACAGCUAGCGAAUGAACGUCUGACCUCAAAUGUGGCAGAAAUAGAGUCGAUAGCGGUUUCAAAGGAGGCCAAGCUGAGUGAGGAAAUAUCAUCUCUGAAACGGUCGAUCAAAGCGAUACAGUCUGAAUUAGACGAGCAAAUCAGAAUUUCGACAGAUGGCCAACUAUCAAAGAAGAUUUCUUCAUGGGAGGAGGAGAAGAACGCCCUUAUUGAACGAUGUUUGAAUACCGAAAGCGAUUUGGACUUUGAACGAGAAAGGGCAAUGGAGAAUAAGCGUCGAUUCGAUGAAGCACUCUCGGCAAUGCAUGAGCUUGGACGUGCAAAUCAGUCCCUUCAGAUGGAUAUUUCAAAACAUUCUUCACGAACGUGGCUUGAUGAUUCUGCUGCUGUUAACUGUACAACCUGCGGGAAAGUGUUCAGCCUGACAGUUCGAAAACAUCACUGUCGUGUUUGCGGCCUGAUCUUCUGUGCUCCCUGUAGCUCAAAAACUACGCAGAUUGCCAGUCACAAAAACCCUGUUAGGGUCUGUGACAAUUGUUACACGGAAGUCCAAAAUCGGUGA